AUUUUGUUUCUUGGAAUGAAUCUUCCAUCUCAAUUUUGUUUAUUUGUUAGUUCCGUUCACAACGCAGCUAGCCUACUCAUACACACACAAGUGAAGAGCGCAUUAUCGAUCUCUCCUCAGACGUCCACACCGCAUUAUCGUUCCCUCUCGCACCUAUCGGCCUCAACUUCGAAGGAUUUCCGCUAUUAAGUAUCAAGAAUGGCUUUCUUCAGUAAAUCUGGGAACAUACUGAGGCAGGUGAUUAGCAAGCCGCAAAUAAACCAUGGGAUCUCAGCAUCCAGUCCUUUAGUUUUUCAGAUCCCGCGAUUUAUGUCUUCUUCAAAACUCUUUGUCGGAGGUAUAUCAUGGGGUACAAAUGAUUCAAGUCUUACAGAUGCUUUCAGUAAAUAUGGAGAUGUUGUUGAAGCAAGAGUCAUAACUGACAGGGAGACAGGAAGAUCCAGGGGGUUUGGAUUUGUUACCUUCAACAGCGUGGAGGAUGCCAGUGCUGCAAUUCAGGCAUUGGAUGGACAGAUGCUCGAUGGCCGUCCAGUAAGGGUGAACUUUGCCAAUGAAAAGCCACGUGGUUUUGGCGGUGGCGGUUAUGGUGGCAGUGGCGGCGGUUAUGGUGGCGGUGGGAAUUAUGGUAGUGGAGGUGGCUAUGGCAGUGGUUAUGGAGGAGGCAGUGGAAGUUUUGGAACUGAAGGCAGUGGAGGGAACCGCUAUGAUAUCGGCAGUGGCAGCUUGGGUUAUGGCAGUGAUAACUUUGUCAGUGGCGCUUCUGAUGGAAAUGCUUUUGCUAGCAGUGGUUUUGGGGGUAAUGAAGCAGGGGAAGCUGGGGAUGAUCAAAAUGAUGACUGUAUUAAAAGAGCAUAGGGUGGUGGUUGUUGGUUGAAAAUAUUUUUGUGUCAGGGGACCGAAUAAGAAAAUCUAAAAUAUAUUGAAUAUGAUGAUGACCCAUUCCCCCACCCCUCUUAUGUUUAUGUCAUUACUCAUUAGGUUCUACCCUUCAUUUUUAAUCUUUUCUCGACUAUCAUUAUUAUGACUAAACAUUGAGGAUUUAAGAACCUAGUUCUUAAUUGUGUUUUGAGUGUGUUGAAUGUGAAUUUGCAUCAUAAAUUUAGAAAUUAUUUUUUACUUCGCCAUCGUGAA